AUGACCACUCGUUGUUUAAAAGCUAAAUCUUUCUUUGGGGUGGUGCAACGUAUAUAUACUUUAUUUUCUUCAUCUACUAAACGAUGGAAAGUUUUCAAAGAGAAUGUAAUUGGUCUUACUCUUAAGCCCUUGUCACAAACUCGUUGGGAAAGCUAUAUUGAAAGUGUUAGAGCGAUAAGAUUUCAAGCUCCGCAGAUAAAAAAAGCGUUAUUUCAAUUAGCAAAUGUUGAUGAUUCUAAGACAAAAGUAAGCAAACAUUUGCAAGCAGAAGACAUGCAUAUUGAUGUUGCUAUAGACCAUUUAAAAUGCCUCAUUUCAUUUUUCAAAAGUUAUAGAGAAUCUGGUUUUGAAUCGGCCAUGGUUGAUGCUAAAGAGAUUGCGAGUGAAUUAGAAAUUGAAUCGAUAUUUCGUGAAAAAUGGUGUUCUUGCAUUAAACUUGAAAAUUACUUGAAGCAUAAUACGAUUUUUGAUAUUGGAAUGAAAUUAUUUUCUGAGUUGAGAGUCUUAAGGGAAGCGAUAUCUGCAAACAUUUUUGGAGCAAUUGAUGUAUUGGAUUACAUUAAGAAAAUGAGCUGUUGUUAUGCAAAUGUCUGGAUUGCAUAUAGAGUAUUAUUGACUAUUCCCGUUACAGUUGCCUCUGCUGAAAGAAGUUUUUCAAAGUUUAAGUUGAUUAAAUCUUAUCUUCGAUCAUCCAUGUCAUAA